UUGUAUGUAAUUGUCGAGAUAAUUAUACAGUGCUGAUUAGUUCAGAGUGGCAGUUAGACGUAUACCACAUUAUACCUACUUUAUAGUGAUAAAGCGGUUUUGUGAUAAGCGACUACCACCGUCAUUUGGUUACUGUUUCAAGCUCAUCGGAUUUAGACAGAAGUUUUGAAAAUGUAUUCCCCAAAGAUCAGACCCGCAGGUUCCUACAUUGAAAGCAAAUCAGCUGACGAGGGCAACCCAUGUUUGAAUAUUAGAUACUUCUUACUGGCAUGGGGUUUCCUUCGCCUGGUAUGCUCAUUACUAUGGACUGGUUUAAUAAUCAUGUCGACUAUUUGGACGAUUGGCAACGAAGACAAGAAGGAAAGAUAUUACAUAGAUACCAAGUAUUUAAUACCUCAGGAAUUCAUUUCUAUUGCUAUACAAGUUGUGGAAGUAAUGAUGAUCGUCACAUUCAUAGUCGCUGGAUUUAAGAAAAGUGUGGAGCUCUACCGCGCCUACUACCGGUACUGUUUAGUGACAUUUGGAAUAUAUAUUGCAGUAGUGGUACUUAUAAUGGUACUGGGCUAUGAUUCGGGCCACUAUUUCGCCGAGGUGUACCUAACAUACCACAUUGCGGACUUUUGCCAGAUCUUCGGGUACAUAAUCAGAGAUCUAGCAAAACCUUUCUUCGUUGUUUCGGCUAUCGAUAUUUUGCUGGAAGUUCUGCUUAUUCGUCUCGUGAAGAAAAUGGUCAUAAGAUACGAAGAGGAGAACGACGCGGAAACUGUUUAAUUCUUCUGAAAAUAAUAUUGAGACCAGAGUACUGAAUAUAAUUAGGCUUCAAGUAAAAGUCAUUAGUACUUAUUUAAUUAAUAUUGAUGUUAAGCUUAGGUAUUGUACCAAUAUUAAAAAAAAAUUAAGAUGUACUUAGAUGAUAAUGUACGUAUACGUACCUAGAUUAAGUAUUUUUAUUUGCACUCAAAAAUAAUUAGGUAUUAGUAGUUACGAUGUAUGUAUGUUAUCAUUUCAACUUAAAACUACUUUAGGAAUAUGAUAAUCAAAUAAAUAAGAUUAUUGCAAGCAAAA